AUGGAUAUAUUUCCUGGAUUUGGUGCGUGGGUCAAUCAAAACAUUCAACAACCUCUUACAAAGGCUGAGUCCAAGAAAUCUGAAAAUGUUAAUUCUAAGUCAGCUUCAGAGAUAAAUACUCUCGAGGAGAGAGAUGAAACUAAGGAGCAACUAAGGCUUUGGAGAGACGCAGAGAAAAGGGCACCAUGGCAUGAUGCCCCUCCUAAGGUGAAGGUGGCAACACAAGAGGGUAUAUGCGUUAUGGAAAUGGAAAUGGUAUUAGGAUUGCCUCCUCAAGUAGCUUACGACAUUUUAGCUAGUCCAAACAACCAACCUUACACCAGAAACUUCAAGAACCGCGGACUUCUGGUUUUUUCUCUUUCUUUCUUUUAACUUCUCAUUCUAUGAUUCAAAUGAGUAUAAUAACAAUAUUUGACUUGAGAGUGUGAACUUUUUUUUUUCUUUUAAAGAAAAACAUAUCAAAAAACGUUGUAUCCGAAGAUGAACCAGGGCCGAUCGUGGAGGUGGAGAAAGUUGUGCCAGUGCUCGGGAGCUUCCUUUCCUUCCCGAUAAGCCUAGUUUU